UCAGAUUCCCUGUUCUCUCGCGUCGCGCAACAUUGCUCUCGUACCAAAUUGGGACACGGGACACACUUCUUUCAGUGUUUUUCGUACCUAAUUAGCCUAAAUUACUCGCUCAAUAGUAAGGGGGUGUUUGUUCACCAAAGUUUCUUGUAGGUAAAAUCGAGGAUGUCAUGUCAUCAUAUUACAAAUUGGCAUCGUGGUACACAUAGCCCUAUUGCAAAAAGGCUAUAUCUAAGGAUUUUUUUCCUGAAUUUGAUGAGCAGGUUCAACAUUUCUAACAACCUAAUGUUAUAAAUAAAUACUAUUACAGUUGUGUAAUGCUCUCGAUAACAAGAUUAUCAUGAUGACAUUUUUUAAAACAAUUUUAAUAUCAUCAUGCACAAAUUAUCCUUGCACCAAUAGUUCCAUCUAUGCAUUUGAGAGUAACAUUUCUCCAGCCCCAUAAGUGACCGGUCGAACAUACUCCACACAAUAGGGGGCAGCACGCACAUAUUGAGUAGUAAAAGCAGUAGGGAAGUAACUAGAACAUGGAUUGUUGAUAAGGUUCGGCCUGUUGGAAGAAACAACAAACCUGAUAUAAUAACGUCGAAUCGCUCUUAAUUAAACAGUCAAUACAAUGAUUUUAACUGUAAAACCACUUCAAGGAAAGGAGUGCAACGUACAGGUCACAGAAGAUGAAAAAGUAUCCACUGUGAAAGAACUGGUGUCUGAACGUCUGAAUAUACCUGCAAAUCAGCAGCGAUUGCUUUACAAAGGGAAAGCCCUUGCAGAUGAACACCGGUUGAGUGAUUAUUCCAUUGGACCAGAGGCCAAGUUAAAUUUGGUGGUUCGUCCUGCGGGGGAGAGGAGUGGUGUGGCUGGGAUGGCUAGCAGUAGCAGUGCUGUUGGUGGGGUGUGGCAGACUCUGUCCACUGUCCUGGUGAAACAUUUCAGCCCUGCAGAUGCAGCUAAAGUGCAAGAACAGCUUGUCAAGGAUUAUGAACGUUCACUUAGGCAACUCAGCAUGGAUGACAUUGAACGCCUGGCUGGGCGACUGCUUCACCCAGACAGUGAGGGUAUGGACACAUCGUACAUGGAUUGAAGGCCUACUUAUCUGACAUGACAGUAUUCUGGCGAUUCCCAGAGGAGCGGUGGGUCAAUUUUGACAGAUUAUGGCAGGGAAGCUGCAGUGUAAAUUGACUUCAUGCUGAGAAUCCCCAGUGUGAGCCUGAUAAAGGUUUAAUUGUACGGGGAUAAAAUGAACUGUUGACUAUAGUCUUAUUGCAAAGCUUCCACAUUACAGCCUGGCUUAAUUAUAAUUUUCUUUGUUUUCUUCAGUCAUUCCAGUUCAAUUAAUAGGAUAUUUUCACUUGAUCAAAUCAAGACUGCAAUGAGAGCCAAUCCCUUUUGACUGUUGGUCUAAAGUUAUCUGUGGCUGCUACAUCAUGCUACAAGAGGACACUGAGUAAUUAUGGAAGUUCUUAUUUAUAAGCAAUGUGUUUGAAAUGAGUGAUGGUAUGUUUUCUGUAAACUAUCUGUAAGAAGGUGAGUGGUGCCUGUCUGUUCAGCCAUUUGCAGCCAUUGUAUGAUUUGUAAAUAUUGUGUUUAUACAAGCAUUAAAAAAGAAUAACUGUUUUCCCUAAAUUCUAAAUACAGUACAACUCAAUAGGCCUAGCUCUAGUAUGAAAGAAAGCACAAUCUACCUCAAAUAGUGCUGUCAUAAUUGCACCUUUUUAUUCAACUUUAUCAGGACGUUAUUUAGCAAUUUAUAUGAAAUCUAUAGGGGUAUUUAACUUCUACUUACAACCUUAUACAUUUUGUAUAUAGACUUGAUGAGGACCUGCAUAACUAUGCAGUGUUUGUGUAUAUAUACCCAUGGAUGGUUUAAAAAAUAUCAAAACAUAAAGUCUGUGUGUGAGAGAGA